AAAAAAUUGGAAAAAUAAACAAGAAUGAGGGGAGUGUUGGGCAAAAGCAGAAAAAUGAUAUGCUCGCUUCUCAGCCAAGCACCGGUCUCUCCCGCUAAUUAUUAUAGGAGCUCUCCUUCCAUUUACAAACCCAAACCAUCGAAUCGCUUCUCUUGGGGUUUUCUGGCUCCAAUCCCCAGCCCUGCUAUCCGAGUGUUUUGUUCGAAGCCCGGUGAGGUGGGAGGAUUAAUGGCUUCUUCCGUUCAAAAUCAGGGUUCUAUUUCCUACCUAACCCAACGAGAGGCUGCUGAGGUUGAUGAAACUCUCAUGGGCCCUCUUGGUUUUAGUGUUGAUCAGCUCAUGGAAUUGGCUGGUUUAAGCGUUGCCACAUCGAUUGCUGAGGUUUAUAAACCAAGUGAGUAUAACCGUGUUCUUGCUAUUUGUGGUCCGGGAAACAAUGGAGGUGAUGGUCUGGUUGCUGCUCGUCAUUUGUAUCACUUUGGGUAUAAGCCAUUUGUGUGUUAUCCUAAGCGAACUCAGAAACCACUUUAUUCUGGUCUUGUCACUCAGCUGGAAUCUCUGUCAAUCCCUUUCCUUUCAGUUGAUGAGUUACCUAUGGACUUGUCAAAGGACUUUGACAUUCUAGUGGAUGCUAUGUUCGGCUUUUCAUUUCAUGGUGCACCAAGGCCACCUUUUGAUGAUCUGAUUAAGAAGCUUAUUAACUUACAUUAUUAUGAACAAGCGCAACGAAAGUCCCCUGUUAUUGUGUCUGUAGAUAUUCCAUCUGGAUGGCAUGUUGAAGAGGGUGAUGUUGGUGGUGAUGGAAUUAAACCUGACAUGUUGGUUUCUUUGACUGCUCCAAAACUGUGUGCAAAGAAAUUUUCCGGGCCUCACCACUUUCUAGGUGGUAGAUUUGUCCCGCCAGCUAUAGCUGAAAAGUAUAAGCUUCAACUUCCCCAAUAUCCAGGCAUGUCUAUGUGUGUUCGAAUUGGAAAGCCUCCACAAAUUGACAUAUCAGCCCUUAGAGAGAAUUAUAUAUCUCCAGAGUUCCUUGAGGAGCAGGUGGAGGCUGAUCCUUUGGAUCAGUUCCGCAAAUGGUUUGAUGAUGCGAUGGCUGCCAACUUAAAGGAACCAAAUGCUAUGGCAUUGUCAACCACUGGAAAAGAUGGAAAACCCUCAUCGAGAAUGGUAUUGCUAAAAGGGGUUGACAAGGAUGGUUUCGUCUGGUUCACCAAUUAUGAAAGUCAGAAGGCACGUCAAUUAUCAGAAAAUCCUCAUGCAGCACUUCUUUUCUACUGGGAUGGGCUUAAUCGACAGGUAAGAGUGGAAGGAUCUGUUGAGAAAGUUUCUGAUGAGGAAUCCGAGCAAUACUUUCACAGUCGUCCUCGAGGCAGUCAACUCGGAGCAAUCGUAAGCAAGCAGAGUACUGUAGUUCCUGGACGCCAUGUACUGCACCAGCAAUACAAAGAACUAGAAGAAAAAUACUCCAAGGAGAGUUUAAUUCCAAAGCCUAAAUACUGGGGAGGAUAUAGACUUAAACCAGAACGUUUCGAGUUUUGGCAAGGACAGCCAUCCCGUUUACAUGACAGGUUGGAAUAUUCCCCUCAAGAGACCGACGGAAAACGAGUUUGGAAAAUUGUUCGGUUGGCCCCCUGAGUUCGUAUCUUCAGCUUCUUCACUGUCAAGUUAGCCUGUGGUUUUCACAAACCUUCUAACUUGCAAGUAUGUAUUUUCUGUGGCAUUGAGGGGCAGGGGGGUGUGCAUGACAUUUUACCAUAAGAAUUGUACAUCCUUGACUCUUAAAUACCGCAAAGGAUCAAAGUUUAGCUCGGGUUUGAAAGAUGCGAGUGAAUGGCAUGGUUCAGGAUCUCUUACAUGGAGAUUGAAUCAUGAAUGAGGGAAAAAAGAUCCUGAAAACACAAGAGUAGUAAAUUUACUUCAAAUUUAUUUGUGUUCUUACCUAUUGCUUUGCUUAUAAUUUAAAGCCUAGCUACCGUUUUUAUCUUCAAA